AUGACAACACGCUGGCCGAGCGCGGUCUCGAGCCUUCGAAACCUCCACAAUGCUCGCCUGCGGAUAACAACCACCUCUAUCCGCCGAUAUGCCUCCAAGCCGGAAGUCCAGGAGGAGGACCUGAAUCGACAUGAAAAAGCUGCUCUGGUUGAGGUCAUUGGACUCAGGCGGAUUGAUCCUGUCAAUCCUCCCAGGAGUACGCUGCCACCGCCGCUGAAACUCCCGACGAAAGGUGACGAGAAUGUUGCGCUGUAUUACUUCAGGAUUGGGAGGGCUUAUGGGAGUUUCUACUGGGUUGGGAUAAAAGCUGUGUGGUUCAACUUUAAGGCUUCGCAAGAGUUGAGGGAGCGGGUCAAGAGGGAUGUGCAAGCGGAAUCACCGAGGAGUAUCGCGCAGUCGACAUGGUUGAAGCACUUGUCGCGAUCGGAGUUCCAGCUGUUGGAGCGCAAUAACCACGAUAUUGGGAAGCUGCCUUUCUUCGGACUGCUCGUCGCACUCUUUGGAGAAUGGCUGCCACUGUUGGUGCCAUUCAUACCAGGAGCAGUACCUGGUACAUGUCGCAUCCCGAAGCAGAUACAGGGCAUGAGGGCCAAGGCAGAAGAGCGCAGACGCAUCAGCUUCAGGCGUGGCAUCAGUGAGCCUACCAAAGACCAGAUGCCCGAUCUCUCAGCAGUGCCGGAGCCUCUUGCCAAAGUGGAAUGGCCAUCAUCACAAAAGGAAUACGCAGCACAUCUACUGCAACGCCUACGAGACGACCAGCUCUUCCACAUAUCCUGCACGCUAAACCUCCACAACCGCCUCUGGGACCGCCUCUUGGACCGCAUCCAAAUGCCCCCACCCUCCGCCCUCCUCCGCCGAGGCCUCUCGAAACGCCUUGCCUACCUCGCCAGCGACGACAAGCUCCUGGACCGAGACGGCGGCGCAUCAACGCUAUCCUCCGACGAGCUCAACAUUGCAUGCGAAGAGCGUGGUCUUGAUGUGUUGGGCAAGCGCGAAGACACUCUACGACAAGAUCUCUCGUGGUGGCUCGCACGGCAGAAGGAGGAUCAGGGGAAGGGCGCAGCUAUCUUCACGAUGCUGUUUAGAAGGCCUAAUGCGUGGAAGACUGUGACGAGGGAGCAGACGAUGGGAACAAUCCCGGCUCAGAAGCGUGCGUGA